AUGAAUUACCAUUAUCCUGCCUAUCCAACUCCUCAAGCUUCAACUAACUUUAUAAACUGCGUUCUUGAUUUUGAUAGUAAACUCUACAUCGGAGAUGCUCAAGCUUUUCAAAAUUAUCAGAAUUAUGAUGUCAAAGCCAUAAUAUCUUUCUCCACAGAACAAAAUUUCCAAGCUAAUUCAGAUGCCGAUCAAAUGGUUUUGCAAGUAAACGACCGUCCAUAAUGUGAUAUCUCUGGAUAUUUUGAGAAAACCAAUAAAUUUAUCAACAAACAUAUGGAUGAGAAUCACAACGUACUUGUUCACUGUGUGGCAGGGAAAUCUAGAUCUGCCACUAUUGUGUUGGCCUAUCUGAUGUUCUCUCAAGAUUGGACCUUGUAGGAAGCGUUGAUAUACUUAAAAAGUGUGAGACCCUUGGUUUGUCCCAAUCCUGGAUUCAUCAGAUAGUUGUUGAAAUAUGAAGAGAAACUAUUCGGUAAGGUCAGAAGCAAUUUAACUCAUGAGAUUACACCGUAUUUCAAUGUCUAAAAGGCAGACACUAUAAUACCAGAAGGGCCAGCGGUGGGAAGGAAUUAUCUGAGUGAUUAGAAUGCUUAUAGCAGGAGAUCCUCGUUUGUUUCGCCCCCAUCUCAACUCAUGGGACACUAGAGGUCGUAUUAGCAAUUGCAAUAUGGAUGGAGAUAUUAUUGA